ACGAAACUCCUGGUGCUAAAAAAUGAAGCUAGGAAGCCGCAAAGGUUACCUUUACAAAGCCAGUGCUGCCAAUGCGGGGACAGAAAAUAUAUCGUUUUCGCCGGCUUUGUCAAUCGGAAUAGGCCAAACAUUUGUUCAGAUAUGGUCAACAAAUCUGGCAAUUAAUAGUCAGUUCAUAGUAAUUUCGAACUGUAUGGUUCGCAGCCUCCCUGAAAAAAGCAACGCGUGCGUGGAUUCUGCCGAAGACCAAUCCAAAAAGAAGUGAAAAAUUAACAAAUAGCACAGUAAUUCGAAUUACUUUCUUCAAUUAGUGCACAUACAAUGAACGGUCAUCAUCGCAAGAGAAAGUGGCAAGCUGGGCGCGGUGAGGAUCUCACCCCCGACGACCGUAUUGAGUUAAUUGCCGAGUUGAUGGCUAAACUAGACGGAGUCAAUUUCGUCGCCGACUUUUUCCACAUCCGUCGACUGAAACUGCUGAUCACCGACUGCCUGCCCGACCACAAGGAGCAGCUGCUACGCAUUCUCAUAGGCUGUGUGACCCGGCCCCCCAGCCCGGCCACAGCUAGCUAUGCCCAAAUUGUGAGUCUCCUCUGCAACGACUUUGAUCUCCUGAUGGUCGACUGCAUCCGCGCCCUGAUGGUGGUUCAACAGAAGGCACUCAUCGAUGGCAAGUGGGAGAAGGCGCGCGGCCUGGAGAGCUUCUUCGCCGAGCUAUGCAAGUGACAUAGCAUAGAAGGGCCCUGGCUAUGCAUUUUGAUCACUGCACUGCCCCUGUUCGGACACGAUACGUAAUACAUAUCAAACUCUCGGUAAACAAAACAUAGCAUAUUCAAUAACACGACAUUAACACACGAGCCUAACACACGAGCCAAAUAAACGAAGAAUCUAGGCAACGAUA